AUGUUCCCCUAUGCUGACGCCCCGCACUACCUCUGGACGGGGUAUUUCGCCAGCCGGGCAAACUUCAAGCGCUAUGCUCGUGCCUGCAGCUCCCUGCUGCUGGCGACCACAAUUCUCGAGGCUGCUGUGGGCAAGACUGCUCUGAGGGACUGGGGGCUGAAGACCCACAGGAUGAUCGCUACAGACGAGUUUCUGUUCGACAAUCACCUGGGAAAGAACCUGAAAGGCACUAGCGGGGUGGAGGGGGGCGAUAGUGGUGGGGAUGUGGGAGAGGGUGGGGGAGGGGGGAAUGGAGAAGGGGGAGAGGGGGGGAAUGUGGACAGUGGUGAGUGGGAGGAGUGGGAGAGUGUGGGUGCAGGUGCGAAGAGGAGGAGGGUGGCGUCCACGUUUCCUUUGGAGGAGGCAGUGGCAGUGGCACAGCACCACGAUGCCAUCACAGGCACGGCCCAGCAGCACGUGAAUGACGACUACAUCCUCCGACUGCACAGAGCAGCACAGGAGGCCUCCACUGUAGUGGCGGCUGCUCUCGUUCACCUCAUCACCCAAGCAGCCCCCACCACUCUACCUUCGCGCUCCUCUUCCCCAACGUCCAGCUCGACUCCCCAAGAACCAUCUCGAGCCUUCUUCACUCCCACAGCCGACCCAACAAUGGGGCCCUCAGACUUCCCUCCUUUCAAUUCCCAGCCUGGUGACCCCACGCUUGAUCCUGCUGCUCAGUUACAAGCCGAGCCAUGGGCUCCUGCAGACCCGGAUCAACCCCAGUCGUUUCCCGAGAAGCCAACCCUCGAAACUGCUAGUCCCUUUGACCCUUCCAUGCCGGAGAGUAGCGAGACUGACCCGCUUUUCGCUCAGCUGCACCCAGAAUUGACUCAGGGCGAGGCAGGCUCGAAUGAGGGAGACCAACAGCAGGCAGCAGACAUGUCGUCGUUCUUCCCUUACAAUCGCCAAGUGCCUCCUGUUGAAGAGACACUCCAGUCGCAGGAGAGAGUGCAAUGGACAGAUGCGAAUCAACAGGAACAGCCCACAGGAACCGUUGAUGUUCAUGCUCCACAAGAGGAGGUUUCGCCUGGGAGAAGGGGGCAAGAGAUGGUGCUGAGGGGAAGAGACACCAUCACAGGAGCAGAAAGUAGCAGAUUGGUGCGUGGGAAAGGGGAGGCAGGCUGGGAAAUGGGGGGAGAAGGAAGUGGCGCAGGCAGCAACAACAGGGGAAGGCGACUUUUGAGGGAGGCGGGAGUUGUGAGCGAUGUGCGUCAAGCGAGGGAGGACAACGAGCAAGCGAGCACAGAGGGUGGUGACCGAAGGAGUGCAAGCGAGGGAGGCGCGGCGCAGAACCUGCCUGUGCUGGACUUUCAGAUGUGUCCACUGCUCAACCUCUCUUAUUGUCCUCCGUCUGAAACGAAACUCAGCCCAGACCAAGUCCUGGUGGUGACUGUGUUCAACCCACUAGGGUGGCCCCGCACAGAGAUCGUUCGGUUCCCGGUCGCCUCGCCAUCGGUCCUGGUGACAGACUCGUCCAACUCACCAAUCUCCGCCCAGAUCGUCACCGAAACCCUUGUGGACCCCAACACACGCGCCCUGUACAUUGCUGCAUACACCGGCCAGUUUCCCGAGGAGCCCCAGCAGUCCCAGCAGCCCCAGCAGCCAGGGCAGCAGGAGGGGCAAACGGAAGGGGCCCAGGUGCAGCAGGAGGGGCGGGCCCGUGUCAGUUGUGUUCCGUGCCGAGGUGCCUCCUCUUGGUUACGCCACAUACUUCGUCACUGCUGUGCCACCAGGCACACAAGGAGCAGCCGUCAUCAGCACAACAGAGUCAACAAAAGAGGGUUUAAGGCCGACUCAUCUUCUGGUGCUGGUGGCGCUGCUGGCAAGUCUACCGGUGCAGGAAAGGAGGGAGACGCUGCUCUGCGUGUGACGUUCUCCAAGGCAGCGUAUGGCAUGACGCAGAUGGAGCUUGUCCGACAGACUGAUGGAGAACAAGUGACUGUGGAUGUGGCAAAGCCGGUCAGGUCGGACGUAAUGGAGUACGUCACACAAAAGGGUGGAGCCUACAUCUUUGACCCCACUGCUGAAGCAGCCAACCCGACUCAGAGAGACGACCAGGUGUCCAUCCGUGUUCAACGUGGACCAAUCGUGGAAGAGUUCUCCCGUCAAGUUGCUCCAUGGAUCUCAGAGACCUUCCGGGUGUACCCAGGGUGUGACUACGCCGAGCUGCACCAUGUGAUUGGCCCUACCCCGGAGGACAGCAGGGGUCACGAGGUGGUGACCCGCUUUGCAGCGCCCAUCAGCAGCAACAAGACCUUUUUCACAGACUCUAAUGGCAGGCGGUACCUCAAACGGGUUGUGGACCAUCGCGAUGAUUGGGAGCUUACAGUCACCGAUCCCAUCGCAGGCAAUUUCUAUCCGGUGACGGUGGGGGCUUUUAUCGGGGAUGGCGAGGCACAGCUGUCGCUGUUGGUGGACCGAGCAGCCGGUGCUGCCAGCCUGGCAGCCGGACAGCUCGAAGUCAUGCUGCACCGGGCACUGGUGACAGUGGACAUGAAGGGCGUGGGGGAGAUCCUCAAUGAGCAGAUCUCGUUCAAUGGCAACAAUCAACGCCUAAUGCGCCUUAUUGCUCCUCUGCAGCUAGCAUUUGCUGUUGAGUCAAAGGAGGCCAUAAGAGCAGCCGAGGCAACCCACAGGUGGCGCUACUCUAUCUCGCAGCAAUCACACGGCAGCCGCCCCCCCACACCCCAGCCUGCUUACUCCCUGCCACCAAACGUAGCUGUUAUCUCCUUCCAGGAGCUGUCUCCAAGGAACAUUGUGCUGCGACUGGCUCAUCUCUACGAGGCUGAUGAGCAUCCAACACAGUCCAGAAUCGAACGCGUCGACCUAAGGCAACUUCUCUCAUCACAAAAGAUUCAAGGACUCUCCAUGGAACAGCAGCAGCCGCCGCAAUGCGCGCUGGACGCGGCGCUGAAGCGAUCCGAGGCUGUAGACGACAGCACGCCACGUGUCCGCGGACACACCUUCCACGAAGCUUCUGUUCUGCCCGCGCGCGAAUCCUCUCGCCGCGAUCAGCCGCGAGAGGGUAGCGCAAACGAAAUCCCCUGUAGCGCGAAUGGCGAUACUCGAGAUAGCGAUGCAGUCGCGACUGCUACAGGAGAAGCAACAGGGCGAGGGGAAACGAGUAGUGCUGUACCAGCAGUAGGAGGAGCGGGUUCGGUGACAGUGGAUUAUUCGGUGCUUAUGAGCCGAAUGCUGACGACUGGGUUUCAGGCCACGUGUCUGGGGCAGGCGAUUAAUGAAGUCAAUCGAAUGCUCGCGUGGCGGCUGAAUGACGACCCGCCCAAGCCAGACGACACGGAGGAGGAGAGGGACCCGGCCUUCCGGUCGUCUGUGCGGUGCAAGAUCUUCCUGGGCUUCACAUCCAAUCUCAUGAGCUCGGGGCUCCGAGAGACCUUCUGCUUCCUGGCGAAGCACAAGCUGGUGGACGUGAUAGUGACUACAGCGGGGGGCAUAGAGGAAGAUGUGAUAAAGUGCCUGGCGCCCACGCUCCUGGGCGAUUUCUCCCUGGCGGGGAAGGACCUGAGAGCCAAGGGGCUGAACCGCAUUGGCAACCUGCUGGUGCCCAACAACAACUACUGCCUCUUCGAAGACUGGGUGCUGCCCGUGCUGGACGCUUGCUUGCACGAGCAGCAGACGCAGGGCGUGGUGUGGACGCCCUCCAAGCUCAUUGACCGUUUGGGGAAAGAAAUCAACCACGAGGAGUCGGUUCUCUACUGGGCGCAUAAGAACGGCAUCCCGGUGUUUUGUCCAGCCAUCACGGACGGGUCUCUGGGUGACAUGAUCUACUUCCACUCCUUCCGCUCGCCAGGGCUCCUCAUUGACCUUGUGCAAGACAUCCGGCGGAUGAACGGCGAGGCAGUGAACGCCACCCCCCGGCGAACAGGCGUGAUCAUUCUGGGAGGGGGGCUGCCGAAGCACCACAUCUGCAACGCCAACAUGAUGCGCAACGGGGCAGACUACGCCGUCUACAUCAACACAGCGAGCGAGUUUGACGGGAGCGACUCGGGGGCGAGGCCAGACGAGGCUGUGAGCUGGGGGAAGAUCCGCGGGGAUGCCACCGCCGUGAAGGUUUAUUGCGAUGCCACCAUCGCCUUCCCCCUGCUCGUAGCCGAGACGUUUGCCCCCCACUUACAGGAGCGAGUGCAGCAGCAAGAACAAGCAAAGCAGAACGUGCAAGCAAGGGAGAAGCAGUAG